AUGAAGAUUGACCGCAACAAGCUUAAUGCCCUAGGCCGCAGCCUUUCCUCAAGUCUGAUUGUGAGCUUAUCCCUCGGAAACCGAAUCAAGACUGAACCCCAAACGGAUAUGGAGUUCCAAAUCCGUGAUGUUUGGGCCCGGCUACUGGGCGUCGAUGCUGGCGACAUCGGCCGGAACGAUAGUUUCCUUCGUAUCGGAGGCGACUCACUCGGCGCCAUCAGACUUGUUUCCGUUCUGCGACAGUCCGGCAUAGCGCUGACAGUUGCAGCCAUCUUCCAAGAUUCGAGACUGUCACACAUGGCCUCGAUCGCCACCGUGGAAGAGGAGACCGAAGAAGACACACGCCCGCAGCCGUUCAGCCUGCUUUCUGCCGGAGACCAUACACGUCUCAUCUCAGAAGCUUUGAAGGCCUGCGAACUGCCAGAGAGUACUGUCAUCGAGGACAUCUACCCAUGCACCCAGCUACAAGAGGGCCUAAUCGCUCUCUCUGUCAAACAGACAGGCUCAUACAGGGCCAAGUUCACAUACCAGCUAUCAGAGUUCGUUCACCAGGCUCGCUUUAUGCGAGCCUGGGAAGCUACUCUGGCUUGUUGCGACAACCUCCGCACACGCAUUGUAUUUGCAGCCGGCUCUUCUUAUCAGGUUGUGCUCCAACAAGACGUCAGUUGGGACUCGGCAGAGACGACCAACAGCAUUGCGCACGAUGAAAUGACCUAUGGCUCCAGACUCUGUCGCUAUGCGCUCGUAAGCGGCAAUGGCGGCUCCACGUACUUUGUCUUGACCCUCCACCAUGCAAUCUACGAUGGCUGGGCCAUGGAACUGAUGACGGAAACGCUGAAAAGCCAUUAUUACGGAAGUUUCUCACAGGAUCUGCCAGCCUACUCUCGCUUUGUCCGUCUCACGACCACCGAACUCGAUCACGCAGCAAGUCAGAGGUUCUGGGAAGAACAGCUGCGCGAAGCGAAGAGGGCGACUUUCCCACUGCCGGCCGUCUCGUCCACUCGGAAACAUGAGGUCCUAUCCAAACCGCAUACGGAGUCUCUCCGCAGGAUAAUGAGCUUCCCGCGCUCAACAGCAUCCAAAAUCACCAAGGCAACUAUCAUCCGCGCGGCCUGGGCGAUGCUGCUGGCCCGCUACUGCGACUCUGACGAUGUCUGCUUCGCCACAACAGUCUCGGGACGCCAAGCAGCCGUUGAAGGCAUCGACAGGAUAGUUGGACCUACACUCGCCACCGUACCUAUUUAUGCGCAGGUCGGCGGCGACAGGUCAGUCGAGCAGUACUUAAACGAGGUGCAAGACCGGGCAACGGCAACAAUACCACAUGAGCAGUUCGGCUUGCAGAACAUCUCAAGAAUCAGCAGCGACAUCAAAGAUGUGUGCGAUUUCACCAGUCUACUCGUCAUCCAGCCGGGCCGGACCAUGGCGUUUGCCAGCAGCGAAGGCGACGCUAUCUUGAUCGAGGCCAACGACGAGGAGGACCCCGCAGCAUCCCAGACCGUUGACGGGCACUUUAACUACCCUCUGGUGAUGCAGGGGCAAAUCUACGAUGAAGAGGUGCAUUUACUGGCCGUUUACGACUCGUCCGUUCUUACCAAGUCGCAGAUUGGAUUGCUUUGCGAACAGCUCAACCACGUGGCACAGCAACUUGUCAAGCAUCAGGGUCAUACUCGGCUCCAGGAUAUAACCAUCGCCGGACCCGCCGACUUGCAAAAGGUGCUUGCAUGGAACACCGAGGAGACGGAGGUCUACGAUGCUUGCCUGCACCAGCUCUUUGAAAAGCAGGCUCACUUGACGCCCGAUGCGCCAGCCGUCCAUUCUUGGGACGGGACCUUUACUUACAGCGAGCUCAACGGCGCGGCAAACAGGUUGGCUCACCACCUUGCCGCGUUUGAGGUACAGCUAGACGAGUUCGUUCAUGUCUACUUUGAAAAAUCGGCAUGGUACGUCGUCGCCAUUCUCGCCAUCAACAAGGCCGGCGGAACGUGGGUGCCCUUGGACCCCUCGCACCCUGACGAGCGGCAGCUUCAGAUUGUCUCGCAGACUGGCGCCCGGCUGGUCUUGACAUCACCACACCAUUCGGCAACCUGUCAGAGACUAGUAGAGAGCGUCAUUGAGAUCUCGCCGGCUCUUGACGAGAACCUCCUCAGAUUCGCGCCGUCUUCCAACACCACCCUCUCUGGCCCCAAGAAUCUCGUCUGCCCCAGUAAUGCGGCCUACGUGCUCUUCACGUCGGGAAGCACUGGCGUGCCAAAAGGCCUCGUUAUGGAACACGGUUCGGUAUGUACGAGUCAAACUGCCAUCGGAAGAAGGCUGCGUAUUAGUCCAGAUGUGCGUAUGCUUCAGUUUGCCUCGUACGUGUUCGACCUCUCCAUCGGGGAGAUUUUUUGUCCGUUAUUACACGGCGCGUCUGUUUGUAUUCCCUCUGAGGAUUCCAAGAUGGGUGAUCUCUCUGCAUUUGUCCAGAAGAUGAACGUCAAUUGGGCCAUCUUGACGCCCUCCUACAUUCGGACCACACGGCCAGAUCGGCUCCCUGGCCUGGAGCUGCUUGUCUUGGCCGGCGAAGCCGUGGGACGCGAUAAUCUAGACACCUGGUUUGGAAAGGUGCGUCUCGUCAAUGGUUGGGGGCCUGCCGAGACCUGCGUCUUCAGCGCAAUCCACGAAUACAGUUCGCUCGAUGACUCGCCGCUGACCGUAGGACGUCCGGUUGGAGGGUACGGAUACAUCGUUGACCCCGUCAACGCCCACCAACUUGCCCCGGUUGGUUGUCUUGGGGAGCUUGUGAUCCAGGGUCCCACCAUACUGCGCGAGUACUUGUCGGAUGCUGAGCGAACUGCCGCAGCUACUGUCCCGGCCGCAGACUGGUCGUCUCACGGCACCUCACCGAAAUGGUCUCGGUUCUACAUGUCGGGCGAU